AUGGGCAACAUCAUCUCGUACUCAAGGAACGACAUCAUCUACUCCGCGAUCCUGAUUGGCGCCUGGCUACUGAUCCGCCCAUACUUUGUCCGCAUGAGCGAGCAGGCCCAGGCCAGGGGCGAGCAGUCCCUUACCGCCGAGGCCGCCCACAACGAUUCCCAACGGGCGCCGGCCUCUUCCAGUUCUGGUGCUCGGAAAAAGCUCGACUAA